AUGUUUGGGAAACAAGACAAAAUGGACGUUAGAUGCAGUUCAGAGACUGAAGCUAACCGGGUUUCGAAGAAUGGACAUAAAGAGGUCAAGGAAAGCAAAGGGUCUGAAGGAAAUAUUUCUACUUCUUUUUUGAAGGACCAACAAGGGACUUUUUCUGCCUCCGCAGCUACGGAAGAUUGUAAUAAAAGUAAAUCUAGUUCGGCCGAUCCGGACUAUUGCCGAAGGAUCCUAGUUAGAGAUGCCAAAGGUUCAAUCCGAGAGAUUAUUCUGCCCAAGGGGCUUGAUCUGGACCGUCCCAAGCGGACCCGCACCUCCUUCACGGCCGAGCAGCUCUACCGCCUGGAGAUGGAGUUCCAGCGGUGCCAGUACGUCGUGGGCAGGGAGAGGACGGAGCUAGCGCGGCAGCUCAACCUCUCCGAAACGCAGGGUCACUUGUCCCACUUGGUUCUUCCCAGUCUGGCGGCCUCCUCCUCGCCGCGGCUGCCCGCUGGGCCGCUCUGCUUCGGGGGGCCGCUGCUGGGCGCCCUGCACGAGCUGCCGAGCGCCUACGGACUGGGCAGCUCCGCUUUUGAGCCUUACACACGGCUGGAACGGAAAGACACUUCUCUACCCAGCAAGAAGCCAAGCCCUUAA